UAAACUAAACUAUCAGGUGUGUACAAAAGAGUAAAUUGCCACAAGCCCUCCCACGGCACCAAUCUAACCACGAGUCUUAUCCUUUCAACCCCAUCUCAGAAACACUUCACAUUUGGUCUUGGAACACCAAACACAAAAACAUGGCAACCCUUCAAUUUACACCCUUAACUCUCUUCAGACAGAAGCACCCCACAACUAAGCUCCCCUAUCCUUCUCAGCUCAACACAAGACCACGCCUUGGUUCAGGUUCACACCCAUCAUCACCAUCACUCACUUUCACUGUAAGAUCUUCUUAUAAAGUAGUGAUUGAACAUGAGGGCAAGACUACACAGCUUGAAGUUGAACCUGAUGAAACCAUAUUAUCAAAGGCAUUGGAUUCUGGUUUGGAUGUGCCUCAUGACUGCAAGCUUGGAGUUUGCAUGACUUGUCCUGCUCGUCUUAUCAGCGGCACAGUUGAUCAGAGUGAUGGUAUGCUCAGUGAUGAUGUUGUGGAGCGUGGUUAUGCACUCUUGUGUGCCUCUUAUCCUCGUUCUGAUUGUCAUAUUAGGGUUAUCCCAGAGGAUGAGCUGCUUUCGAUGCAGCUAGCCACAGCCAAUGACUAAAUCUAGUUUUCAGUUUUGAAUGUAAUUCUCACCUGUCAAUGGAAUUGAGUCUUUGCUUGUUUCUUAUGAUAAUGAUAAUUCAUACUGUUUCUCUGUUCUGCUAAGUUAAUUUCAUUUAUGUAGAUUUUUAUUGAUGUAAGAUGAAAUAAAACAUUUGACUCAAAUCA